GGAUUUAAUUUCGUCGGUAACUUUCUGUUAUCCGUUUUCGUGACCAUGGGUUCACAACAAACUCACUUGUACGGGUGGGCAUUGAUGAUAGUCGCGGUUUUCUGUCAACGGGGUCAUGGAAGUUGCCCGGAGAAAGAUUUGGAGAAAAGGGAAGAGGAGGCGAACAUAGUUUUGACUGGCACUGUUGAAGAAAUCAUGAACAUGGAUCCAGUGCACAAUACAUACUCUUGCAAGGUAAGUCUGACUGUCCUAGCGUGAGUUGAUAUAUUUCUGUUGAAUAAGGUUGCUGCUGAAUCUUUAACCGUAGGCUACAAAGUAACAUAGUCUUGUUGAAAACGUUACAACGUAUCACAUGUUUCUGUUUAAGAAGGUAGGAUAGGCCUUCAUGUAACUCCAAACGGGCACCUGUCAAAUCAUAGCCUAUGCCAGCCCACUUUUCUUCCAAUGUCAUUUUGAAUAUUUUGUUUCAAAGCAUAAAAUAAAGGCAAUUUUGCUUCAAAGCAUAAAAUAAAGGCAAUAGUUGAACAAAUAAGUAACAAUAUCACCCCUUUUAACAAACAUGUUUUUAUUACAUAUUUUAGGCUAAUAAAUCAUUUUAUUAAUCGAAUAAAAAUCUGAAUGUGUUCCCUAAGGGAAGGUCAAUUGAGCUCUAGUGAUUUUAAAUACUUGAUUUAGCUAUAAGACUUUACAUUUGCUGUUCUUCAGAAGACUUGUUUUCUUUAUUUAUAAGUAUGAGGUAGUAUUUGCGAACAUGACAAACCAAUAUACCGGUAAGAUAAAGAGAAGAAUACAACCUUAUUGUCAAAUGGAAAUUCAUAUUUUGCAGUCUUGUUAUCCCUAACUCCGCGGACACCACAGACGAGAGGCUGGAAGCAGCACAGGGUCAGCCGCAAAGAGGUGCCCCUGCAGCAGGUUAGGGGUUAAAGGGCCUUGCUCUAGGGCACAAUGGCAGUAGGUUGCACCUGAGAUUCUGAUGCCAGCAACCCUUGGUUGCAAAAUCAUGUAGUAAUGUAUACUGUUAACAGAUAGAUAAAUAGAUAUUCAAUUCAAAUGGGUGCGGGAAAAUCUUGUUGUGCUGCAUUAAGAUUAAAAGGGCUGGAAACAACAAGUUAUUCCAAUGUAGGCUAAUGUUUAGUGAUAUACAUACACUCGUGAAAUCCAUGACCGUAGUCCUCACAGAAGCCAAUCCUGCAAUUAACAAAACUACUCCACAAACCCCUCCGCGUUAUCAGUCAUUGAGAAAUUCCUUUGGUCAUUCAUUAUAAAAAACGUAGUGGCAGUCAGCGCUCUCUGAGCUCAGCAACCUGCUGGUUGGUCUAUGGUUCCUUGUCUCAUGAUUUGGGAUGUAGAUAAGAGUUGUCCCAUUUUUGGAUCUGAACCACCGACCACCAAAUGAGACCAGCCCAUAUAGUGAAAUGAAAACCUACCAAUGAAUAUGCAAUAUCUUCUGUUGCAAAUAAGGUUAUGGUUUAGGAGAUAUAGUUCAGGAAAGUAAGUAAUUAUUCAACCCUGUUACUCUCUGAUGUAUACAAUUUGGCCCUUUUAAAUGUGUAUUACAAUAAGUGCUUUGGAGAAUAAGUACCUGGAAUACCUUAUGAUUACAAAAUACUUUUUCUAUUAAAUGUUUGCUUAAAGGUAAACUGCAAAAUGACAAACAAUAUGGCAACUUUCCACUUGCAGACAUCAUAUCCUGUUUAUGAUGUCAUCUUGUUCAGUCUACCUUUAAAGUUACAGCUUCAAUAAAGGAGGAGCCUCAAUAAAGAGUUAAAACCCCACUGUCUUUUUCCAUGGCCUUGGUAAAGGUGAGGGUAUGGCGGUACCUGAAAGGAAAGACGAUGGUCAAUGGUGAGGUUCUUCUGGACGGCGGCAACAAGGUGAUGAUUGGAGGCUUCGGUGACCCUGAGGUCUGCGACAACCAGGUUGCCACUGGCGACACGCGCAUUUUCUUUGUCAACCUGGCCCCGGAGUUCAUGUGGCCAACACACAAGAAUGAGCUGAUGCUCAAUUCCAGCCUGAUGAGGAUUACCCUGCGCAACCUGGAGGAGGUGGAGCACUGUGUGGACGGUAAGCUGCCAUUUUGUUGUCUCUUCUCUCACUCUGUCUCAACAGGACUGAAUGGAAUAGACAUCCCAUCUCUGUUUAAGUGUCCCAUCUAA